AUGUGGAUCACCGUGAGUUUGCUCUGCUGCUUGGUGCUCGGGGGGCUGCCGUGGGCAGGCACCUCGUGCCCCUCGCAGUGCAGCUGUGCCUUCCACAGCCUCAACGAAGGGACGAAAGCCAGGACAGUGCUGUGUAAUGACCCAGAGAUGACCCUCACCCCCGUGAACAUCCCUGUAGAUACGUUCAAGCUUCGAAUAGAGAAGACAGCCAUCCGCAGGGUGCCAGGGGAAGCUUUCCACGCUCUUCAUAACCUGGAGUACCUCUGGUUGCCCUAUAACUCCCUGGCCAGCCUCAGCGGGAUCACCUUCAAGGGCCUCCGUCGCUUGCUGGAGCUGAGGCUAGAUGGAAAUGACUUAAUAUCAUUUCCCUGGGAAACACUGUCUGACAUGCCACAGUUAAGGCUUCUGGAUUUACACAACAACGAACUUACCUCAAUCCCUCCAGAUGCUGCUCGUUACAUCAAGAAUAUCACGUACCUGGACCUGUCUAGCAACAAACUGAUGACUCUUCCUCAGGCUCUUAUUUCUACCUGGGCCAACCUGCAGGCGGUCCCUUACUUUCCCAAUGAUAACUCCAAGAUCAUCUUAGGUUUGCAAGACAAUCCUUGGGUGUGUGACUGCAGUCUGUAUGAAAUGGUCCAUUUCCUGAAUUUCCAGUCUCCCAACAUAGCGUUCAUUGAGCCCAGGCUGAAAUGCUUCACACCCCGCAGCCUUGCAGGAGUCUUCUUCAGCCAAGUUGAGCUAAGGAAGUGUCAAAGCCCUGUUGUACAUACGUCUGUAGCCAAAGUAAAAACCAUCCUGGGCAGCACUGUGCUACUGCGAUGUGGGACGACAGGGGUGCCCAUUCCCGAGCUCAGCUGGAGAAGGGCUGACGGUGCUCCUCUAAAUGGCACAGUGCACCAAGAGAUCUCUAGUGAUGGGAUGAGCUGGUCUAUCCUGGGCCUGCCUGUAGUCUCUUACCUUGACUCUGGAGAGUACAUUUGUAAAGCAAAGAAUUUCCUGGGGGCAACAGAAGCAUUCAUAUCCCUCAUCAUCAUGGACUCGGAAAGCACGGAUGACCCCAACUCCAAUGCCAAAGGCACGUGGAGUGGGAAGGCAAGCGGGAUGGAGGCAGCUGCCUACAAUGACAAGCUAGUGGCAAGGUAUGUUAUCACCACCUCCACCAUGCCUACCCUAGGGGCUGGAGCAGGAACCGGAGAGGAUCUCCUCAUCCCCGCUGGAGCACAAGAUAGCAACCCCCAAAACCUACUGGUGAGCCCACCUACUGGUCAGCAGGAGCCAGAGCGAAUUGUGAGAUCUGUCAGAGUGAUAGGAGAUACUGACCAGAGUGUCACCCUGGCCUGGAAGGCACCUCUGGCAAAGAACACGACAGUGUUCAGUGUCCUCUACGCUGUCUUUGGAGAGAGAGACAUGCGUCGGAUCAAUGUGGAACCAGGGAAGACCAAGGUCAGCAUUUAUGGGCUGCUACCAAAGACCAAAUAUAUAAUGUGCGUCUGCGUGAAAGGGCUGAUCCCCAGGAAGGAGCAGUGCAUCAUAUUUUCCACAGAUGAAGUUGCUAGUGCAGGAGGGACCCAGAAACUUAUCAACGUGGUUGUCAUCAGUGUGGCUUGUGUCAUUGCUGUUCCUCUGACACUGGUGGUCUGCUGUGGAGCACUGAAGAGACGCUGCAAAAAGUGCUUUGUGAGGAAACCCAAGGAAAUUCAGGAGUCCUAUGUCACCUUUGAAAGUCUUUCUCCUGGGGCCAAGGUGAAAGGAGUGGAAGGAGAAUACUUGACUAGACAUACCCCCGAUGAGUCUAACAGGCUCCUCUCUGCCCGAUCCAGUGUGGACUCAGAAGCAAUACCAAAGAUAGAGGGGCAACCAAAUGAAUACUUUUGCUGA